AUGAGUAGCUCCGCCGGCGGCUCCGGACGCUCGACGCGGAGCGGUAAGCCGCUGGACGCCACGGCCGCCGGAUCGAGAUCCGGCGGUGUUGCCUUGCCGCCGAGCGGCCCCCAUUGCAGGGGGCACGGUCGGACCCGCUCGGCGACAACUCCGCCGCCUACCGCGACGGACGGGGCCGCCGACCCCGCCCCAACCUCGCCCGCCGCGGACGCUGCAACCACGGCCCCCGCGACCCCCGUGAUCGCCUCCACCAACGACGCCACCACCACGGCGGCCGUCCCCACCGCCGACACCACCACCGCGGACAUCCCCGCUGUCGUCACCGCCCCUGCCCAGAAGUACAGGAGACCAUUAUCCUCGCCUUCUCGUCUCGGUGAAAAUUCCCCACAAGAACCACAGCUCAGGCGCCGUGGCUGUGACCUAGGGGAGCUAACCACCUGGGAGCGCACGGGCUGGGGAGGAGAAGGAGUCGGGGAGGAGAAGGCCAGGGAUAGUCGUGCUGUAGCCGGAGGAGAAGUGGUUAGUAGCAGAACAGCUAGGAGGAGGACCAACAGGACAAAAGAAGCGGGAGUUCAGCAAGCAAACCCGUUGAACUCCAUUACCUAUUUGUCACCAGCUACAAUACAAGGACCUCUCACAAGAGCUCGUGCACGCCAACUUAACUAUCAGGUACUUUCGUUUCUUGGAACGAUUCCUUCCAUACAUGAGCUUAUGAUGCUGCCUAAAUCAGAUGUGUUUGUUACACUUAGGAAUGAUGGACCUAGCAUGGGUGAGAGGGACAAGCACGGGAGCAUGAUCACGCAUGGAGAAGAUGGUAGCAAGCGUGAGAGGUUUGAAAAUGAUGCCGCAACGGGAGAUUUCAGAACUUUGAAGCUACCAUAAGGAGAGAUGGUGCUGCGUCACCUCAAGUUGGGCUAGGCCCAUGUAAACCGACCUAUAGAGGGUUCGGCCCACUUCCCAAGGCUGGCCGCAUACCCCUCUAUAUAAACCACUUCUAGGUCAUCGUUUAGACUCGGAUUUUGUUUAGUUUAAGACUUAACCAUUACUAAUCUUCGCCAUAGGCACGAGAGUCAAAUCGACCUCCUGUACUACGCACUUGCAGAAUCCCACCUAUAAAGCUUCAUCUUUAUUCGCAA